GCGGUGGCCGAAGAGGACGGCGGUCGAGUUGUGGAAGGUAUUGGUCGAAUAUGAAUUCAAAUAAUGGUGCUGCUCAACAGGCACCAAACCAAGGGAACGCCAUUCAAUAUCGACAUCCUGGUGGGAUGCCUGCCCAGCAGGGUGGGAUAUAUCAGGCGCCUGCGCUCGCUGGGCAAGGGCCGCUGGUCGGAGGACAGAUGCCGGUUCCAAAUAUGUCGGCUAUGCUGCCUAUGUCUGCCUCUGCGCCAGGUGUGGCAGGGGCAUAUACGCAACCUCCGCCGCCCGGGCAAAGGGGUGUGCAGAUGUGGCCAGCCCCAUGGCUGGCCCCGGGGCAAUGGAGCAUUCCACCGGUUAACAAUCUGCAAGCGAGUAACCCGCAGCUGCCUCCUCCUCCUCCUCCUCCUCCUCCCCCUUCUCAGCAGCAAGCGUCUAGCAAUAACGAUAAUAGGGAGAUUAAUUCGAACGGGAAAGGACCAUCAACUAAUGCCUUUCCUGGACCUGGAAACCGAGCGUAUUUUACGAAAGAGUAUAUGGAUAUACUAGAAGAUAUUAAAUCGAAUAAGGCACUGGAGGACGCGAGGAAGAAGAUCGCAAGUGGUCGGCGAAGCCGCAUUCGCAUAGCUGAGAAUAAUGUGGAAAGCUGCCGGUCGAAGGUGAAAUCAGUUGACAAAAGUGAGGAGAUGAAGGCCUGGGUCACGUCGACGCUGGGUGAUUCGUUGAAGCUGAUCACACAGAAGUUGGAACAAGCGGACUCGAAAUCAAAGUUGGCUACAGUGGAGAAGGAGGAGCUCGAGAGGCUGAGGGCCGAGAAAACCCUUCUGGAGAAAGGGAAGAAAGAAUCUAGUAGUGAGAAGAGAAAACGGGGGGGGGACCGGACCCCUGUUGUCGAAACACCGAGAGAGAACGUGGGUAGAUCCAGAUCGCGCAGCCAGACGAAGGGCAAGACCAAGAAAAUCGAAAUUUCCUUUGAUGAGGAAGGGGCUGGAGGUGCUGGUGUAAAGCAAAAUUUAAACGCUAGGUUGGAGGGAAGCUCGGACCUGGCUGACGUCAAGAAGCUGCUCGCCGCGCUGGUGCAAGGGCUUGCUGAUCUCAGAGGGAAGAGACCCCUGUGCACUACGGGACCUGCGAUUGAGACCGCUGAAGCAGCGGAUGACGCGGAAGAUAUUGACUCUGCACUAGGCACCAACGCUGCACAGAACAAUCUGGUCGAGGAAGACGAAGAGGAGUCUGAUGAAGGUGGGUUGGCCGCAUACAUGAAGAUGCGACUUGAUUUUUACUCAUCUCUUCACUAUACCAGAGUACAAGAAAUGUCCAAACAGCGGAGCUUGCCAUACUUUCGAAAAGAGAUGGGGGCCUGGGAGCUCGCCCGUCUUGAUCUUCAAGAGUACACUGAUUCGCUGAAUGAAGAAGCCCCGUCCAGAACCGGGGAACCAUCUAGACACAAUGAUGUGUUGAGCCAUGACGAGGCCGAUGGGGCGGAUGAUGGCGAGCCCGAUGGUGCGGUUGCGGGAAAGUGAAACUCGGGAGCAUCCACUCUCUAAGGAGGGCUGUUGCCAGAAUUCGGAAACUGAAAAGCUGUGCGAAUGUCACAAUGG